AGAGCUUUUGCCGUGGGCUUGGCGCGGCGGCGGGCCCGAGACCGAGCCCCCGGCAGGUUCUCCGCCCUCGCCUGCACCGGGUUCCAGUCUUGCCGACGCCGGCGUUUUCUCGUCUUUUUGCCCGGGCAGGGUUGGGAUUCGGGACGCCUCUCUCCUUUGGGUCUUCCCGUAAGCCGCAGCUUGGAAUUAAGAUGGCAUCUUUUACUCCAAGGAAGAGGAAGCAGCAUUCUUUGAACUGUGAAAGCCUGUUGUCAGAUACUCCAUCAAAGAAAUCAAUUUUGCACUUCUCUGAAAAUCUAUUUCCAUCACCUAAUAAGAAGCACAUUUGUCAAAGUGAUAAAAAUGAAGAAAAGGUGCAUUGCUCUCAACAAGGCCAUUUCAUCUUAAGUCCAUUCAAAACAGCUGAAGAAGAUAGAUUGCCAUCUGCAAAUCAAGAUUCACCAUUUAAAUCUGCUGUGUCCACUGUAGCCUUUUACAACAACAAAAAUAAGUUGUACCUUAAUCCACUGGAGAGAAAGCUAAUAAAAGAGAGUAGAUCCACUUGUGUAAAAACUAAUAAUGAAGAUAAAUCUUUUCCCGGUGUGACAGAAAAAAUUCAGGGAAAAGCAAUUUGCUCCAAGAAGAGGAAGAAAACACCACAGAAGAGUUUAACUGCUAAGUGUCAACCAAGUUACAAGCACAUCAAGCCUAUAUCAAGGAAUUCUAAAAAUUCUAAGCAAAAUCGAGUGCCCUAUAAGCCAAUUAUGGAGAAAGAGAAUAAUUGUUAUUCAGCUAAAAAUAAUCCUAAUGCUCUUCGAGUUUUAAGCCAAAAAACAAAACCACAGGUUACACUCCAGGGUGGAGCAGCAUUUUUUGUUAGUAGAAAAAAAUCCUGUCUUAGAAAAAUUUCUCAGGAAAAUAAGCCAUCACUGGGACUCACCCAAAAGAAUAAAUCAGUAGUGACUGAAGAUUCUGAUGUAGAGACUGUCAGUGAAAGAAAAACUUUUGAGACAAGGCAAAUGCCAGAGUGCUUAUUACUGGAAAGGAAAUUGAACAUUGAGCUACUGAGUGCAAGAAGUAAAAAUGAAGACAAAUCAGUAAAGGAUUCGUCAGAUGGAGUAGUUUCUUCAAGGGAAUGUAAAGUAGAUAAAAAUAAGUCUUUUUCUUCAGAGGAUUCUCUUGGUGAGAACAAGACAAUGUCUCCCGAGUCCAUCUAUCCCAUCUUCAAUGCGUCUUCAGUCAAUACAAAAAGAUCUCUAGCUGAAGAACAGUCUUCUGUGGGAUCCAUCAUAUGUACUAACGUCUUGAAACAGACCAAUACCCAGAAAAAUACUAAUGCCAGAGAUACAAAUAAAGAAUCAAAAGACCAGCUCAUCAUUGAUGCAGGUCAGAAAUAUUUUGGGGCUACUAUGUGUAAAUCUUGUGGCAUGAUAUAUAAUGCUUCCAGUGCUGAAGAUGAAAUGCAGCAUGUUCAGCAUCACCACAGAUUUCUGGAAGGAAUCAAAUAUGUGGGGUGGAAGAAAGAACGAGUAGUAGCAGAGUUUUGGGACGGGAAAAUCGUGUUGGUCCUGCCACGUGAUCCAAGUUACGCUCUCAGAAAGGUAGAAGAUGUCCAAGAACUUGUUGAUAAUGAAUUGGGCUUCCAGCAAGUUGUUUCCCAGUGUCCAAACAAAACCAAAACUUUUCUCUUUAUAUCUGAUGAAAAGAGAGUAGUUGGAUGUUUAAUUGCAGAGCCCAUCAAACAGGCCUUUCGUGUCCUAUCUGAACCAACUGGCCCAGAAUCCCUAAGCUCUAAAGAAUGUCCUAGGGCUUGGCAAUGUUCAAAUGUACCAGAACCUGCAAUCUGUGGGAUAAGCAGAAUCUGGGUUUUCAGAUUGAAGAGAAGAAAGCGCAUUGCUAGACGACUAGUGGAUACUCUCAGGAAUUGCUUCAUGUUUGGCUGUUUUCUCAGCACUGAUGAAAUAGCAUUCUCUGACCCAACACCAGAUGGCAAGUUAUUUGCAACCAAGUACUGCAACACCCCUAAUUUCCUGGUAUACAAUUUUAAUAGUUAAAGCCGAUUUCAAAUAUAAAACAGUUACUGUGUGGAUAAGUUCAGAAAUUAUGUAGGGAUUCAAAGAAAAGGAAAUUUUUUGGGUGAUGUAUUGAUUAGCACUAUGGAUCUUUAAUUAUGAAACUUUGUAGCUGUAACAGAAAAAUUACUUGACUCCUGUGUAAGAGUUUUGACAAAGCAAGGUGUUCUCUACAGAAAUGUGACCUGGUCUUCUGGUUUUUUUAGGCUUUUUGUUUUUUGUUUUUUUUUUUAAUUUAAACAGGUUUAUUUUGAGCUUGAAUGUGUGUGACCAGCCUGGAGCACAUCGCCUCAAGAGAUCUUGAGAAAGUGUACCCCAGCCUGGUCUUUUAUAAAGCACACCUUUAGACCAGGAUUAUCUCAUGCCACAUCAGAAGCCAAGAGGCAAAUUUAAACCCAGGCAAAAAAAUUUCCAUGCUUAAGUUUUAAAGGUAAUUCCUGAAUUCUAUAUACAAAGUUCUCGCUUUAUAGGUCCUUCUGUACAGCAGCUCAGUCUGAAUAUAUUUAGAAAGUAUUUUGAGUUUCUUAUUUGUAACAAGAAAAAAUGGUAAGUAAGACAUCCCAUAUCCACUUAGGCAGAGCAGAAUUCCAUGGCUUAAUGUUUUAAUCUUUGAAAAUUAAAUAUGCAACUGUCAUCAAAUUUAAUUAAAAUUAUAAUUAACUACAUAUUAUCAUUUCAUUGAUUUUUGUUGCGUGAAAAUACUGAUAGUGCUACUUUAGGAAUUUGUUACUAGGAAUUGAUGUCAUUAACAAAAUGGAUGCCUAAUUUGUUUGGUUUCGUUUUUGUAUUUUUUUGCUUGUUUAAAAUGCACCUUCUUAUUCUGAGACAUCUGGCAAAAAAUCUUUGCAAAAUGUGUGGUCACAGAAUCAGGGUUAGUAAAUAUAUCUAGGCUGGUGGAGCAGAGAACAUAGAUGACAUUAUGUAACUACACCUAAAUGUGUACAGAUUUUUCUAGUAUAAUUCUUUCAUGCUUACUUUGUAAAGCAAAAAAAACAUUAUUCAGAUUGUUUUGAUUCUAAAAAAUCAUUUACUGUCUGGCAAUAAGACUCUAGGUGAGUAGCUUUCCAGGUUGUCACUCUGUGUAGAAUUGCUCAUCUGCAAUCUUUUUGCCUGUAAGUUAACAUGGUUCCAAAAUUCAAAAGCCUGGGUUCCAAAAGGAAUGUAGAAGUGUUAAAAUGUGUGUAAUAAUGCAAACAUCUUAAUACUAUUUUCUGCACUGCUGUUCUUUAAAAGUCUUUAAAAAUUUUAUUUAAAAAUGUUUACUACCUAUUUUGUUUGCUCAGUGCUGUUGUGAUGAAUCAAUUAAAAUUCUUUUAAGUACUCUG